UUGUCGGAUGGCGCCAGUCGUUCGUUCCUCUCCUCCACCGAAAAAGAAUAAAAGAAAAAAAAGGAGAUGAAUUCCGAGUUGAGAAGUGAUAGCACCCCCACACUAUUGUUAAUAUUUAUUUAGUGUUUAUUUAAAAUUCAGUGCGUCAUUUUUUUAUCUGGAGGAUGUCCAGACACUGGGGGGGCAUGAAGUAUUGAAGCUGUUGGCAGUGAAUCUGGGGGCGUGUUUUCGAUAACUUGGGAGCAACAAUUCUAGGAAUUUCCUGGGGCUUUCUUUUCAAUAGGAUCCUGAGAGGCGAUAGGGGAGCGUGGAUAUGACAGGAAAUACUCGGUCUCAUUUUGUUGGAGAGUGCAAUAAUUAAUUUAGGGUGAUUGAUUAUCGAGGUGGAACUGGGGAGAUGGAGAGUGUCAAUGGACAACAAUUGCAAAUGAAGUACCAGAAGGUCGCGACGGAGUACUCCAAGAUUCGAGCUCAAGCAAGCGUCCUGAAAAAGGCUGUGAUAGAUGAACAAACUCGCAGCAGUGACCUGAAGGAGCAGAUAAAAUCGAGAGACGUGUCCCUUCGCAGACAGGAGCAAGAGCUGGACAGUCUGACCUUUCGGAAUCAACAGCUGACAAAGAGAGUGACAGUGUUGCAAGAGGAGCUCGACAAACUCCAGAAUAAAUCGAAAAAAGGCCGGAGCAAAUCUGUAGAGAACAAGGAGCUGCCACCACCCGCCCCCAAUCACGUCUACGUCGAAGAAUUCCAGAAGAAAAUAGUCGAGAAUGCUCAGCUGUUAUCCCAGAUAUCAGAUAAAGACAAUGAGAUAGAGGAGAUUAACGACAGGAUCAAACACUUGGAAUACAGGUUGGACUUGUCUGAGAAAUCUAGGUUGGAUUCUGAUGCCAGGUCUCAGGAGAGAAUCGAGAGACUCGAGAGGGAGAGGAAUGAACUCCAGAGGAAAAUAAACGAGCGUCAGAAGCACGAGGAGACAGCGUCUUGGUCCAGUGUCGAAGGAAAAUACGAUUAUGAUUUGAAAGUGGGUAUGAAUCAUCGUCAGGAGGGGCAUUCUCCAUUUUCAUCCCCUUCUGGCUCCAGGAGGUCCUCCAAGUCCCUGGGGGAUGCGCGAGUCCAGAAAACUCCGGAUUUUCAUGUUAAUGAGGACAGUAAUGAAUUUGAGUUUGUGAAAUUAUGCGAUCUCGAGAAGGAGUUGAAUCAGUACAAGAGUGAUUAUAAUAUCCUGAAGAUUAAAUAUGAUGAGAUUUGCCAGAAGGAGAUUUAUGGGGUCGGUGUGCAGCUGGAACCUGUAGAGAUUAACAAUAUGAUUGGAAGGCUAAAGGCACCGUUCGCAAUAUCCGAAGAGAUCGAAGCUAGAGAAACGAAAAUCCGUGAUUAUUUCCUGCGCGAAAUCGAGAGAUUGGUUAAUGAAAAACACAUCUGUCAUGCUAAGAAUCUUGCCAUAGCAGCUAAUAAUGAAGUUAUGAGUGUGCAUCUGGACAACAGCGAGGAGAAGAGGGAGAAGUGCGAGGCUGCAUUGCUGGAGGCUUUAUCUAACUGGAAUAGUUCUCAGGAGGAUAAAGAAGUCCAGGAGGGCAGUUACAAAGCUCAGUUGAGCACUAUGACUGAACAUUUGGCUAAUAUGAAUGAAAAACUCAUUCAGCAGACCGAGGAGAUCCAGCAAUUGCGAUAUGAACUCGAGCAUAAGAAUGGCAAAAAAGGAAGGCAAAAGUGAUGCCAACUGCCACUAAUCUCCAGCAAUUAAACAUUCCAUGGAUUAAGCUAAUAAUCAACAAUUCAAUGUAAAUACGGAAAGAUA